AUGGCGCCCGAAGCCCCUAAUAGACGACUCUAUACACUCCAGCGCCGUCUUGGAUUCAAUAGAUACCAUAAUAUGGUCCUAUGGCUGAUAACAGGCAGCAUAAUGGCCAUGUUUCGGUUCGGGAUGAUUCUCCACAUCGUCUCCAUCGUGCCGUGCGGGCUCCUCUCGAUAUUCCAAUUCAUCCCCGCCCUGCAGCAGAAAAGCCCCGGUCUCCACCGUCUCAGCGGCACCAUAAUCCUGCUUCUGCUGCUGCCGCUCAGCUGUGUCAGCGGCAUGAUACUAGGGCGAGAGGCCCUCGGCGGUGACUUUGCGACGCAGACAAGCUGCGCAUUCCUCAGCGCCAUGACGCUGGGUGCGGCGGCGAUGAGCUGGUAUAAUGCGAGGGUGCUGCGGCUGCAUCGGCACCGUGAGUGGGUGCUGAGGUGCAUGGGGUACAUGUCGAGCAUUAUUACGAGUAGGCCGUUUCUGAUUGCUGGUGCGGUGGUUAUUGGGUUGAACCGCAAAUAUGAGAAUGUAUGGAAGUGUGAGCAGCUCGCGGACGUUUUUACUGCGACUCGGAGGGUGAUCACGGAUGUGUAUCCGACAUGUGGGAACCUGAGCAGCAGCGUGGUUGUGCCGGCACACUUAGAGGAGGAGGAGAAUAUAGGGAGCUGUUUUCGGCUAUCCUUUGGGGGCAGCUUGUGGAUGGCGAUAGUUGUGCAUGCUAUCGGGAUUGAGAUCUAUAUAAAUCUCACGCGAGACGAAUCUGAACGUCUGAGAUUGAUUUCCCGUAAGAGGCGGAGGGAUGCUGGACUGGAAAAUGGUGCGGUGAAAGGGAGAGAUGGUGUUAUGGGGGCGGGCUCCAAGCAGAUGGAGCAUGUGGUGAGAGCCUCGGGGAAUGAUGCCGUGGAAACCUAA